UGUCACGGUCUCUGCAAAGGACAAGGCCACUGGCAAAGAACAGCAGAUUACUAUUCGGUCGUCGGGUGGACUCUCAGAAGAUGAGAUAGACAAGAUGGUCAAGGAAGCUGAGAUGCAUGCCCAGAGGGAUCAGGAGCGGAAGGCGCUGAUUGAUAUCAGGAACAGUGCAGACACUACCAUAUACAGUAUUGAAAAGAGCUUGAAUGAAUACAGGGACAAGGUCCCCAAGGAGGUUGCCACAGAAAUUGAAACAGCUGUUUCCGACCUGAGAACAGCAAUGGGAGGCGAUAACAUUGAUGAAAUCAAAUCAAAGCUUGAUGUAGCAAACAAGGCUGUUUCUAAGAUUGGACAGCAUAUGGCCGGUGGUGCCGGAGGUGGCUCUGAAGGAGGUUCUCAAGGGGGAGCCACUGAGGCCGAGUAUGAGGAAGUAAAGAAGUAGAUUAUCUUAGGGAACAUUGAAGAUGGCACGUUGGAGUUGGUUUAGAUCUCAUUCUGUUGUCGAAAUGAAAAUUUUCUUUGUCAACCUCCUAUACUCUCCCUUAGUAUGCUGUAUAACUAAAAAGUUGAUGUGAACUGCUUUACUUCUGAAAUUUUUUGUUCUCCUAGUAGAGGGGUGAGACCAACCUCAUUAUGAUUUAGGCUAUAGUAGAAUUUUUGUGAUCUCAUUCUCAAGGUCAAAGUGAACCUUGCGUUGUGUUGCAAAAAUAAAUUACUUCAUGAGAUGUAGAGUAGAUUGUAUGACUAGAUUACCCUUGCCUUUUAAGUUUCUUUUCUGUG